UUCCUUUGUGAUUCGGAAGUGGUGGUGUGAUGCCAAAGCCGUUUAUCCUUACAGACACAACACACAAGUGGCGACCAUGAAAAAUCCGUUCAAAGCUCCGUCCUGCUGAAGUGGGAAAACGCCCCUUCCAAGAUUUAGUAAUACAGGUCUCUCCGUCACCCUGGCAACGCUACACCCACAGAAAGGGGAGGAGCCGAGUCCUGGCAGCAUGGAAGUCUCCGGGACGCCAGGCUUGGCCCCGAGCCCUCAGAGCGAGGCGGUCACCAGUGAGCUUCAGGAGCUGUCGCUUCAGCCCGCACCCGACCCGAUGCCUCUGCAGGAGAGAAAGAAUGUCCUCCAGCUCAAACUCCAGCAGAGACGCACUCGAGAGGAACUGGUCAGCCAAGGGAUCAUGCCACCACUGAAGAGCCCGGCGGCCUUUCACGAACAGCGGAGGAGUCUUGAGCGAGCAAGGACCGAGGACUAUCUGAAGAGGAAGAUCCGGAGUCGUCCUGAGCGCUCUGAGCUGGUCAGGAUGCACAUUCUGGAGGAGACGUCUGCAGAACCGUCCCUGCAGGCCAAGCAGCUGCAGCUGAAGCGAGCGCGACUGGCCGACGACCUCAACGACAAGAUCUCCCACAGACCAGGUCCCAUCGAGCUCGUUCACAAAAACAUCCUGUCCGUCAGCUGCCCUGUGCACUCCCCGCUGGAUUCUCCAAAGGGAGCCGGGGGAGAGAGCUCGUCUUUAGAUGAAGACAGCAGCGACGCUCCGUCACCAGACCAGCCAACCAAUCACGACUCUCCUCUGAGCGCCGUCCCUCAGCUGUCCCCCUCUGAUGCGCUCACCCAGAACGGGGACAUGUCCCCCCCACAGUUCAUUACGCAGUCCCCUCCUCCACCACCUCCUCCUCCUCAGGUGAAUGGGUCAGACUCCUCCCUAUUCCCAAAAGUGACAAAUGGGUUGACGGUGACCUCAACAAGCUCCCGUCCCUCCACUGGACAGGUCAAGUCCCAGGCUAAGACGACUUCAGACCGUCCUCCACAGAGACCUAAGAAACCAAAGGACAGCAAACCCAAGGUGAAGAAGCUGAAGUACCACCAGUACAUCCCUCCCGACCAGAAGGCAGACAAAGAGCGUCCGCCCCAGAUGGACUCGUCUUAUGCGAAGCUCCUCCACCAGCAGCAGCUCUUCCUGCAGCUGCAGAUCCUCAACCAGCAACAGCAGCACUACAACUACCACACCAUCCUGCCCGCCCCACCCAAGCCACCGAGUGAGCAGCCUCCCACAACCAACUCUGGCCCGUCCCCCUCCCGCACCGUUCCUACGACGACCACCCCAGCCCCCUCCAAUCAGAGCGGGACUUGUCGUCAGAGCCAACCUGCAGUGGGAGGAGCCAAACCAAGCUCUCUGCCUGCCAACCUGGAUGAGUUCAAAGUUGCUGAGCUGAAACAGGAACUGAAAUUGCGUGGUCUGACCGUGUCAGGCACCAAGAACGAUCUCAUCGAGAGGCUCCGCAACUACCAGGAGCAAAAUGGUGGCACCGCAGCGUUUGUGAAAAAUGGCAUCUCGCAGCCCAGCCAGCAGGGCGUGACCUCAGCUGCUAACGCCGUCGCAUGCUCUCCAACCACAAAUACCACCCCUGACCACCAAUCAGGAGAGGGUGGGUUUAAGGUUAAUUUGUCAUCACUGGCUCAGGUGGUUCCAGGGCGGGUCAUGCGAUUUGGCAGCACCAGCUCCAGCCCUCCAGUGUCCCCUACUCCAUCUGAAAGGUCGUUGGCUGGGAUGAGUCCAGAUGAGACGAGCUGUAACGGAGACAUGUUUGGAGAGAUGGUGAGCUCACCCCUGACCCAACUCACCCUCCACCCAUCUCCCCAGCACCCAUCAAACGUCUCCCCUCUCUCACAGUCUCUCUCCAAGGUCAAAGAGGAGAUCCAGACCUCAUGCAGCUUCUCUAGACCUUCCCCUGCCCCAUGUCAGCCUCCAGAGCCCCUACCUGGAGUAGCCAUGGACACUAUGGACAAGGACCAGAUGCUCCAGGAGAAGGACAAACAGAUCGAGGAGUUGACCAGGAUGCUGAGGCAGAAGCAGAGGCUGGUGGAGACCCUCAGGUCCCAGCUGGAGCAGGGCAAGAUGGCAGGUGGAAUGGUGCUGGAGAAGGAAGGAAGUGACAAGAGCAGAACAUCUCCAGAAGUCAAACUUCAAACUCUAAUAAAAGCCUCCGCCAUUCAGCCCCCCACUCUGCCUAACGGCGUCGUAGUGAAGGUGAAGAAGGAGGUGGAGACUGACCAGGAGAUGGACGGAAUAACAGAGGAGGCCCAGGCAAAGACACCAGCCCAACCGAUGCAGUGCUCUCAGGAGACUCUGCUCCGGCUGCAGCAGGUUCAUCGGCUGCAGAUUCAACAAGCUGAACAACAGAAACAGACGCUGCAGCAGAGCCAGGCGCAACUGCAGAAAGCGACAGAGGCUAAGACGAACCCUCAAAGACUACAACAGCAGAAGAAGGACUCCCAAGCACUGCUCCAUCAGCAGCAGCAACUGCAGCAACUUAUCAUACAGCAAACCCAACAGAAACAGCUCCAGGCCCAGCAGAAGUUAGCACAGCAGAAACUCGCCCAGCAGAAACUCAGUCAACAGAAGCUGGUGCAGCAGAACCAGCUCAAACAAACUCAAGGGCAUCAACAGAGCCAGCAGAAGAACCAGCCGCAGCUGAAGCAGGUUCAGGUGCAGAUCCAGAAGCCUGCAGUGAACCAAACCCAGCAGAGGAAGCCGCUGAAGGCUCAGCAUCGGCAGCAGCAGCAGAGGCAGCAGACGGCAGCUGUCACCACGCAACAGGUGGCUCCGGUCUUCAUCAACCAACAGAAUGGCACUCAGAUCCACACUCAGGCCAUUUCAUUAGACCUCCUCAAGGCAAAUGGCACGCCGACACUGGUUACUGACAGCAACGGCAACCACUACCUGAUCGCUCUCACCAGUAGCACCACAGAUGGACAGAACGGAGUGUCCUCAGCGGCCAAAACCAACGGACGCAUCACACUGCAGAGAUUGCAGUCGACUCCAAGUAAACUCCCCAGCACUGACAGCCAAUCAAAAGAGCAGCCAGAGGCCGAGCCCGUGAGCCAACCAAUCAGAAAGGGCCAGAAGGCGGGACUACACCUAGACACCAAUUGCGUGCCACAGACCAGCCUGUCAGUCACCGCUCCGCCCAAUCUGCAGCCUUUCUUUGACGACAUGUCAGACAGUGAAAGCCAAAGCAACUUCUCAUCCCUCAAGAGAGAGGAGGUGUGUCCGCCUUACGACCGGCACACACUGUUCACCCCUCCCUCUCCCAAAACCAACACCUCCCUUCCUACUCCGCGCUCCAAACAGGAGAAUGGCGUGAACAGUCAGCAGAUGGACGACCUGUUUGACAUCCUGCUGAAGAGUGGAGAAAUCCCCAGCUUCAAGGCCAACCCGGACCCCUCCCUCGCCCCCCUCCACUCUGACCCGCCCUCCCCAUCUUCUCCCCCGUCCCCCCUGCACCUCUCCCCUCCCACCCCCACAGAGCCCCUCGUCUCCCCUCAGCCCUCUGUGGGAGAGCCCUGCACAGGCAGCGGACGCCUGGAAGACUUCCUGGAGAGCACCACGGGCGCCCCGCUGCUGGGCGUGGAGCCCGACGGCGGCCUGACGCUGAUCGACGACCUUCACAGCCAAAUGCUGAGCACGCCCAGCAUCCUGGACCACCCUCCCUCUCCCAUGGACACGUCCGACCUGGGCUUCUCCCCACAUUCUACGGGACUGGACUUUGGCGACCCCACCUUGGACAGCAUGGACUGGCUGGAUAUCUCCAUGGUGGGGAGCUCCAGCGGAGGGAGCAGGGGCAGCGGAGUGGGGAGAGCAGGAGGAGGAGGAGGAGGCGGAGGAGGGGAAGCUGGCGACGGGGGGACGAGCCUGGCCCCGCUGGCGCCGCACACUCCGCCGAGCGUCUUCUCGGCCGAUUUUCUGGACAGCACGGACCUGCAGCUGCACUGGGAGUCGUGUCUGUAGCCCCGCGCACACAUGGACAUGCACUGGCUCACACUGUGUACAGGCUCCGUCUCUAUGUCAUGCACAUAUAGAAACCUUUUCUAUGCUGUCUCUACCACUGCGGGGGUCACUGGCACAUGCAAACACACACACACACACACACACACACACUUACACAGUUUGCCCUGUCUUUCACUGGCUGUUACUGUAUGCAAGGCGAGAUGAAAUAAGAAAGAAGCAUAGAAAUUAAAUUCAUAGAAAGGACUUGAA